AUGCUUCGAUCAUCAGCGGAAUUGUUAUAUGAUAAAUUAAGCGGUAUUGCAUGUCUAUUUAAACCAGCUGAUAUGAAAACGCAACAUUUUUUUACUAUCGUACAAGAAAGAUUAGCAUCAGUUUUCAAUCAAAUGCCAUAUCGGGCACCGAUGAAUCGUGUUGAUAUUAUACGUGAUAGGCAAACAGGAAAAGAAAUGGUUGUUUCAUCUAUUGAUCUAUCAGAUACGGUACAAGCAUUGGGUCCACGUUAUCAACCAGAAGAUUUUGAUAUCCAAUCAAUUUUUCCAUUAGAACCUUUCUCAUCUGGAUUACAGAUUGUGAGUAUUAAUGAUGGAUCUAAACGUCUUGAUCAAAUUAAAGAUGGUCAACCGUUAAGGUGUUAUCAUAUUCAAGGCAAAUUGGGCGAAUCAACGAAUACACUCGAUGCCAAUGGAGUUAUUGUUGAAAAAAGCACUUUCAAACAUGUAACUCGAUCUAAAAUUGAACGCGUUUGUGCUCUAAUUCAAAGUAGUUUUCAAGCAUCGAUGUACAAAAUGUCAGGAAUAAGCCCAUUCACUCAAGCCGGCUUUGAAUUAGCUAAAGCUGGUUUAUGGAAACCACGUGAUCAUACUCUACCACCGAUAGUUUACGGUCUCAAACUACUUAAUUUUAAAGCACCCUGCUUUGAUAUUGAAAUGUAUGUAAUCAACGAACAUGAAAUUCAUUUAAAAGAAGUUAUUCUUGAUAUUGGCAUUCGUUUACGUACAAGUACACUUUCUGAAUCAAUACGUCGUUCCAGUAUCGGUCCAUUUAAUAUUCACCAUUCUCUAGUCAUCGAUGAAAUUACACCUGAAAAUCUAGUCAAUAAUAUAAAUACAAUCGAACAAAUAAUUGAAAAAUCAAAUUUAUUAGAUAAAACAGUUCUUGUCAAUAAAACCCAUAGAGAAGAAACAAAACUACUUGGAAAACAACCAGAUGAAAGUUCAGUCGAUCUUUAUACAACGAAACGACCUAUCAAUCAAGAAUCACAAGUAUACAGAAACAUGAAUAAAAAUAACGAUAUAAACAAAUGA